AUGGCUACACCGACGGUGCUGCUUCUCUUCAUCGGAGCUCUUCUCCUCUCCGGCGUUGACCAUGUUAGAUCCGACGCUUCCGACCACAGGUACAAGGAAGGCGACUCCGUUCCUCUAUACGCCAACAAGGUUGGACCGUUUCACAAUCCGAGUGAAACAUAUCGAUAUUUUGAUCUGCCCUUCUGCGUUCCAGAUGGUGUGAAAGAGAAAAAGGAAGCUCUUGGUGAGGUUCUGAAUGGGGAUCGACUUGUGAGUGCUCCAUACAAGCUCAACUUUGGAGAGGAGAAAGACUCUGAGGUGUACUGCAGAAAGAAGCUUAGCAAAGAUGAUGUCAAACAGUUUAGGAGGGCUGUUGAAAAAGACUACUAUUUCCAGAUGUACUAUGACGAUUUGCCUAUCUGGGGUUUCAUUGGAAAGGUUGACAAGGAGGGCAAGGCUGAUCCGAGCGAGUUCAAAUACUUCCUGUACAAGCACAUUCAAUUUGAGAUUCUCUACAACAAGGACCGUGUGAUUGAAAUCAGUGCCCGAAUGGAUCCUCACUCCCUGGUGGACCUUACUGAGGACAAGGAAGUUGAUGCAGAGUUUAUGUACACUGUGAAGUGGAAAGAAACCGAGACUCCAUUUGAGAAAAGAAUGGAGAAGUACUCCAUGUCUUCAUCUCUUCCACAUCACUUGGAAAUUCAUUGGUUCUCCAUUAUAAACUCAUGUGUCACUGUCCUGCUUCUGACUGGUUUCCUCGCAACAAUCUUGAUGAGAGUCCUCAAGAAUGAUUUCAUGAAGUAUGCCCAAGAUGAGGAAGCUGUGGAUGAUCAAGAGGAAUCCGGAUGGAAGUACAUUCACGGCGAUGUGUUCCGUUUCCCGAAGCAUAAAUCUCUGUUUUCUGCAUGUCUCGGUAGUGGUACCCAAUUGUUCACUCUCACUGUCUUCAUUUUCAUGCUUGCUCUUGUUGGAGUGUUCUAUCCAUACAAUCGUGGAGCACUCUUCACUGCUUUGGUCGUGAUUUAUGCUCUCACAUCUGGAAUCGCUGGAUACACUGCUGCUUCUUUCUACGGUCAACUUGAAGGAAAGAACUGGGUCAGGAACCUAUUGCUGACUGGAUGCCUCUUCUGCGGCCCUUUGUUCCUGACCUUCUGCUUCCUCAACACAGUCGCCAUUGCCUACAGUGCUACAGCUGCAUUACCCUUUGGUACCAUCGUGGUGAUUGUCCUGAUAUGGACACUAGUCACAUCACCAUUGCUCGUGCUGGGUGGAAUUGCCGGCAAAAACAGCAAGACCGAGUUCCAAGCGCCAUGCCGUACCACCAAGUACCCCAGGGAGAUCCCUCUACUCCCAUGGUACAGGAGUGCCAUCCCUCAGAUGGCGAUGGCCGGUUUCCUCCCUUUCAGUGCCAUCUACAUCGAGCUCUACUACAUAUUUGCCAGUGUAUGGGGCCACAGGAUCUACACUAUAUACAGCAUUCUGUUCAUCGUCUUCAUCAUCCUUCUGAUCGUUACUGCUUUUAUAACCGUCGCCCUCACCUACUUCCAGCUCGCUGCUGAAGACCAUGAAUGGUGGUGGAGGUCAUUCCUCUGCGGUGGAUCAACGGGUCUGUUUAUAUACGCGUACUGCUUGUACUAUUACUACGCGCGGUCAGACAUGUCGGGAUUCAUGCAGACGUCGUUUUUCUUCGGGUACAUGGCCUGCAUCUGCUACGGCUUCUUCCUCAUGCUCGGCACUGUUGGCUUCAGGGCCGCUCUCCUCUUCGUCCGCCACAUCUACAGGUCCAUCAAAUGCGAGUAAUGUAAAUGUGUUUUCUUCUUCUGCCUUUUCCUUUUCUUGUUCUUUUUCUUUUUUUGUUACGAUUUUGUUAGGAGAGGAAAGAACAAAAAAAAAAGAAGGGUUUAGGGUAGAAGAAGAGAAACAUCCUUUGAAACAGCAUAUCUUACGAGGAGGAACCGAAGCCAAGGCAAGUUCCGGUUUCCAAGCGUAUCUUGUCUCCCAGGUUUUCUACGGAAGUGAUUAAAAUCUCUCUAUCUGCAAAUUAGACGUUUCUGUAAUUAGGGGGGUCUCUCUCUCUCUCUCUGUUUUUGGUUAACUACUUGUGUAUCAUUUUUUUACGCAAAAUACCCUGAACCAUUUUUUCCUGUUUUUUUUUUUUGUAUCUAAUAAAUGUCAAAACUGGCUUUACAUUGCA